CGCUCUGCUUUUCUCAUAUAUGUUACACUUCACCUCGAUCCGUCACAACAAUCAUCGAUAUAUACGCUAUGGUAAUUCCCGGAAAUAUGUCUAUGAGACGAGAUAAUGGCCGCUGGAAAAGGACGGUUUGCACCCGUCAACAAACUCAUAAUUUGAUGGUUAUAAUGGCCCGAAGAGGAUGUGUUCAAUGUUGAGUGACUCGCCCCCUUUUCGUGCUCCCGGACUCUCCGAGUUGAGCGAUCAUACGUAUCCCUCGCAUUCCAUGACUCUUUGUAUUUCCAUUAUCCAUAUCUGCGAUCCAUAUCAAGAUAUCUUGGUUGAAGAAGCAGCCAUACUGAGUGAAACAAACAGAUAUGCUCACACAUAGACGAGAACGGCUCGAUCGCACAUUUGAUAAUGCCCCGAUCCAGGAUGUUCAACAACCAACAACAUUAUUGGGAGAUGGGACUGGAAGAAAUACUAUGGCGUUGAAGCAAGAGUUAAAGGAGAGGAGGAUGACAGCUCCGGAUGGGCAGGUACUUCCAGAUUGGAUGACCUAUGUUACCUAUGUCACGACCAUCGAUGGAGUAUCGAUAACAACUGGAAGCGUAGCUGAUUUACCGUUAACUUAUUACGGACCCUCCAUACCUCUGGUACCUGGAUGGAUCUAUGGUGGAUCAACGCGUUCAACGUCUGGUAUUUCAAUGCCAACAUCAUUGUCAGAGUCUAUUUCGGGAGAGCAAACUAUCCAAACCACAAACGUUGUGUCUUCAUCAACUCCAGAUUCUCGAGCUUCGAGCUUCAGGACCCACUCACAGUCUUCGUCAGGCUCCACGAUAUCCUCCGUAUCUCUUAUACCACCUACAUCGUCAGUGGGUCCUUCUGAAAAUACAUUUUCUACGUCGACGUCUAUGCCACAACCAACAACUUCAGAUGCCCAAUCUAUUACCACUUCUAGUUUCAUCCCCACUUCUUCAAGCACUCCGAAUAUUCAUCAUAACAUACUGGCUCCUCUUCUCGCCGCUCUCAUACCUGUCGGAAUUGCACUCCUUGUCUUCCUCUUUCUCCUGUGUAUCUACAACCGUAAACGCUCUGAUCCUGACAAAGGUUUCUUAUCGUGGCUUUUUAAACCCAAACUGUGGGCAUCAUUGCCAGCUACACCUCGUAAGAAGCGCACUCCUCCCCCCACGAUCACAAUUCCCAACCUUCGUUCACACAACGAGAAAUCCGCCCUGUUGCCAGGCUUUGUAGCUCAGCACCAUCGCAAAUCGUCAAGUGUAUCGACCGGCGUGGAAAACGAUGCUGAGAUUAGGGAGCUGGUCCAGCAGAAUCAAUCCCUUUUUCAACGCCUGAGCAUAGGGCUAGGUUGGGCUAGUCAAACCUCCAACAGCUCUGGAGGGUCUGGUACUAGCAGACGUACGAGUGGAAAUACCUUGGAAAAGGGUCUUGGUGCUGGCAAAGCGGUAGCAUUGGCUGCUGCCGGCGCUGUCGGUAUUGGCCGGGGUAAGGAUGGGACGACGAUCGGAACUAAAUCGAGUGGUAAUGGCCAGAAGUAUGAGAGAGUACUGGAUGAUGAUCAACUGUUUUAUAAAGUACCCUUGCAAACGCACAGUUCUCAUGGUUCUCGAGAUGAGGUUCCCUUUUCAAACUCUCUUAGUCGACCGUCCACUGUUGAGUCGAAAAGGGUAAAUACUCAAUGCUUGGUCCGGGAAGAAGUUGCCACGCCUCAGCACGAGGGGCGUCCGUCAAUGACGUUCAGUGUCUCCGUACCGGAAACACCUGGAAGUAGACAUUUGUCCGAAAGGGAUAUGGAUGUUGUCGAAUUUGGUUGUCGUACUGCAUUGCGACCUCAUAUUUCAAAAGAGAGGAUGAGGUUCCCGAUUCCGCCUGGUGUAGGGCUGUACAAGGACGGGGGGACGUCGACUAAUGAGGACCGAGAAGGUAUACCGCCCACCGAUAGUCGAGCCACCAGUUCGGGCAGCUUUUAUUCGGCCAACUCUGCACUAUACCGCGAUACCACUCCCCCUCCUGGUUCACCUCUUCAUCGUGAUGCCUGCGAAUACAAGCACGCUUCUGUCUCUGCUUUCGGCUCACACCCUGCAACGCCUACGAUGGCUUCUCAUGACCUCGGUACCACCUCUUCUCAAUCCCAUCGUUCACCGUUUUCUACCAAUUCUCAUCGUAUUCCUGUUACCAGAGUUUUCUCUGCUUCGCACGACCCGAGUCCCUUCAAAUUGGCGGCGUCGCCCUCACCUAGGACGAUGUCCAACAAUGUCACCGACAGUAGUGCUAUACUUUUUGCAAUGACUGCCCAGGAAAAUGCUGGGUCGAGAGCGACUGGUGUCGAGGGUGAGGGAGAGGAAGAUCACCCUGAUCAGCCGAUUAUUGAUGAAACAAGCUUGAGAAGAGAGAUGGUGAGUAGAAGUCGAGUUGGGGAGUUUGGUGAACCUCUAAAACCCACAUACGUCUUUCAAAAUAUCUCGCCAACUCAGACGUCCCUCGCUCCCUCUUACUCUUCCGAAGCAGCAUCCAUCCAUAAUUCCCGUUUUGACUCAUCCUCUUCUCACUCCCCUUCCCUUCAAUCUCACCAAUCCCAUCAAUCUCAAGAGCCAUCCCAAUCUGGAAGUAGUUUCAGCAGUCACCGACUAUACGCAAGCAUAAAUGCCGCGAGCAGAGAUCAAGCACUUAGAGGACGAAGGAGUCAUGCGCAAUUGGUCAAAACUUCGAGGAUUGUGGAGCAGCUUGAGAAAGUGACCUCGCCGUCUCGCGUGCAACUGGCGGGCUUGGAGGCGGAGGAGCAGAGGAGGGAAGAUGAGGAAGAGGGUGAUAUAGGGGAGUCUUCAUCUUUGACCGCCUCUGGAUCUGGUAGUCAGUCCUGAACUUAAGAAAAAGUGGAGCACAAGCGGAUAUGUACGGCGCACGAAGAAGAUAAGCGGUGAGCGAUCUCUUGCCGUGCAUUCAUUGUACAUGUCGUCGUGCAUAGAUGUUUUGGAGAUGGAUUUUUUUCUUCCUUUCCUCCCUGGUAUUAAUAUACUAUUAUCAUCAUAUCGUAUCAUAUCAUUCUCAUGGCGAUCAUUUCUUCUCUUUCAUGCAUGUUUGUAUCAUGUAUUGAACGCCGCGUGAAGCCUUAAUAAUGCUGAGGACUUUUUGUUAGGAUUUUGGAAGGCAAAGAGAGGUUCAGCAGCUGCUGGAAGUGCAAGGAUGGAUUUGAGAGUGAGUAGUCACCACAUAGUCUUUAAUAAUGGCCAUCCAUCGCAGAUGAUAGCCGAUGCCACGAUGAUAAUAGCAGCGUGGCCGAAAAAGCUCAACAUCACUAAUUACCAGCUCUUUCCUUUGUUGUCAUUUUUUGCCUGGCCUAUCAUUCCCCAUACUUGAGAUUUCAUCAAUAACCCCUUAUUAGACUAUAUGCACUGCUC